GUUGUUUCCCAGUCUGAGCAUCAUCACAGAGCUAACUCAUCCCUCUAACAUGAGAUUCAUGCAGUUCAGGGCAAAGGACUGCUACUCACUGGCCCUGUCCAAACUUGAGAAGAAAGAGCGUGAUAAAGGCUCCAACUUGGCCUUCAUGUUUCGCCUACCCUUCGCUGCAGGGCGAGUGUUCAGUAUCAGCAUGCUGGACACCCUGCUGUAUCAGUCCUUUGUGAAGGACUACAUGAUCCUUAUUGCAAGGCUGCUGCUGGGGCUGGACACCACUCCAGGGUCAGGGUACCUCUGUGCUAUGAAGGUAACAGAGGAAGAUCUGUGGAUCAGUACUUAUGGCAGACUGUUCCAGAAACUCUGCUCCUCGAGUGCCGAAAUUCCUAUUGGGAUCUAUCGGACAGAAUCCCACAUUUUCCCAACUUCUGAGUCUCAGGUGUCAGUCAGUGUGGACGAAUGUGAGGACACCAAGGAGAAAGGGGAGGAGUCUCGCAGCAACGAACAGUCAGAUCACCCCCUGCUGAGGAAGAAGAGCAUGCAGUGGGCCCGGCGUCUGAGUAAGAAGAGCGUGAGGUGGCAGGGGUCCAGCCGGGACUCGAGCCGGGACCACGGCCAGCGCAUCGCCCAGCAGCGCCUCAACCUGUACCGCCGCUCAGAGAGGGAGGAGCUCUCCGAGCUGGUCCGCAACCGCAUGAGGCAUCUGGGCCUCCCCACCUCAGGAUAUGAAGACCUCACUAACCUGACAGCCAGCGACGUCAUGAACAGAGUCAAUCUGGGAUACCUACAAGAUGAGCAGAACGAUCACCAGAACACCCUGUCUUACGUCCUGAUCAACCCCUCUCCUGACACCAGGCUGGAGCUCAAUGACGUUGU